AUUCACUAUAUCUGGUCUCCCACAGUACACAGACCAUGGAACAGCAAUUAUUUUAGUAAAUAUAAACUGCUAAAUACCUUUUUCCUUCUAUCAGUGUUCAGCACAGCACUGGUUAAAGCUUGUAGGAGGAGUUUUCAUUCUCCCCUACAUUGUCUUAUGAGGCUUCCCCUGACUCUCUGGACAGUGCUGAUUGGCCCUGUGCUGGUCACAUGCACUCUCCCAAGGGAAAAAAAAACUGUAGCAAUACACACCAAAGUAAGCAUGUGCAGCUUGCCCCCAAGGCUUUGUUUUAUCAGCAGAUGGAUAGGGGACAGUAGAUAAAGGGGAAGAUCAGAGAAGACAGAAUCAAACCUUUUUACACAGUGCAGAUGAUUAACCCCUUAGGUUCCACAGUGAGUAUAACAAGCAUGCUUUACUGCAUAUGAAGACUGAUUUUAUUGUUGUGGGUUUAG